AUGAAGGCCGCUAUCCCUCUCGCGUUGGCCAUCCUCGCCUCGCCUGUCGCCGCCGGCCCCGUCGCCUGGGGUCUGUGCUACACGGCCUGCAACGCCAGCUACGGCGUCUGCCUCGGUGCCCUCGGCCUCGUCGCGGGCACGUUCACCCUCGGCGCCGGCACGCCCGUCGCUGUGGUCACCUGCUCCGUCGCCCAGGGAGCGUGCAUGAGCGCUUGCAGCCCGAUCCUCAUGGCUCCUACGCCGUGA